UCACAUAACAACAAUGUCGGGAUGUCGACCGGCUGUAUUUGUAGCAAGUUCUAUUAAAGAUCUGGCCGGUGUCGUCGCUCGGCUGUUACCAAAAGUGGAAGUUAAGGAUUUAAGUCUACAACCUGGAGAUAACUUGUCUGACGAGGAUUGGGCUGAUCUGAGAGACAAUGCUGAGGUAUUAUUCGCUGAUGUGCCUAUCAUCAAAUCGGCGCUGUUUACCAGUCCCAGACUCAAGUGGGCUCACAGCACGUGGGCAGGCGUUGAGCCUCUCAUAAAAAUCGUCGAUCCGCGGCAGCCACCGGAUGUUAUUGUCACAAGAACCGGAAGUGGAUUCGGCAAUUUUAUGGCAGAAUAUGUCCUUGGUCAUAUAAUUUCGAUAGAAAGAAGAUUUUUACAGUUGGCUGAUGAUCAAAAAGCAAAGGACUGGAGGCCGCACCUGUACAAACAAGAUGUCCGGUCGCUGUCACAGCUACGACUUGGUAUACUGGGAGCGGGACAGAUCGGCAACCAAAUCGGCACCUUAUGUAAGGCAGUCGGUAUGGAAGUUUGGGGACUGACAAGAUCUCCGAUAUCUAAUAACCAUGGUCCCUUAGACGCUUAUAGGACAACUGACCAGUUGGCUGACAUUCUCCAAAACUGUGACUACAUCUGUAACGUGCUUCCUUCCACACCAGAAACAAUAGGCCUUCUGUCUGGAGAUGUCUUAUCUCAUUGUAAGGCAAAGGUAAGUCCGGAAGUCAUAUCUCUUUGUAAGGCAAAG